ACCCUAUCACUAUAAAAUAUUUUUUAAUUGUUUAAUCAAUACACAUUAUCUCUUUCUUAAUACUAGGGCAAUUUACGGAUUUUGUACAAACCUCCAGAAAUGUAAUGAUGAUCGGAAACCUUUCUUAAUAACAAAAUUGGAACAAUUUUUCGAAUGUAUAUUGCCACUUUUUAACCAAUCACAAAACACUGUUCAAGGACUACUUCUUGAAACGUUAAUAGCUAUUAUUUCGUAUGAUGCCACAAUUACUGCUUCAAUAUUAAGUAAAGUAGUCGCGAUUGUAAUUAGUCUGUUUCUCAAGUACCAUGAUGAUCGCCUUAUAUUAGACUUAAUUCAGGAAAUACUCAAAAUCCUUUCACAAAAUCCAUUUUGUAUAAUACACCUUCAAGAAAAAAUAAUCCCGACUAUUGUAAGCAUACUCAAUGCUGAAAGAGAGCAAACUUCAUCCAUGCAAGACAUUGCCCUGGAUAUGCUUGGUACAGUGGUCAAGUAUUCACGUGGGCCACUGAGUGGCAAUAUGAUAAAUAGCGCAUUUCCAGCGGCAGUACACUGUAUCCUUCGAACAGAGGACAACUCUGUGAUGCAAUCAGGAGGAGAAUGCUUAAGAGCAUUUUUAACAGUUGAUCCACAACAAAUUUGUGGUUAUAAAAAUGGCGAAGGGUUGAACUACAUUAUGGAAGUUACAACAAUGAUGUUAAAUCCUAUGAAUACCGAAUCAACAGCUGCUUUUAUAGGACGAUUAGUAAUUACAAUUAUUACAAAGGUAGGAAACUUAUUAGGAGAAAAUGUGGAUUUACUGCUGAAAGCCGUUAUUAGCAAGAUGCAACUAGUAGAAUCACUGAAUGUGAUUAUGAGCCUUGUAAUGAUAUUUGCACAUCUAAUCCUUGUUCAAAUGGACGCUGUGUUGAAUUUUCUUAGCACUGUACCAGGUCCGACUGGUGAACCAGCAAUGACCUUUGUCUUCCUCAAUUGGCUUACUCGACAGCAUAUGUUUUAUGGCUCAUAUGAGCGAAAAGUUAGUACAAUGGCUCUCUGUAAACUGUUUGAAUAUGGUGUAACCGUACAAGAUGACAGAUUGAAUUCGGUUUUUAUUAAAGAACCCAUAAUAAACGUACAACAAGAAAGGCGAACUCGGUCAACCUCUUCUAAAUUGAGCCAAGAGUGGGUCGAUAUUCCGAUUCUGGUUAAAAUCUUUAAAUUAUUGAUAAAUGAGCUAUCCAACCUAAAAGAAGCCGAAGAAGCUACAGACGAAGAUGAUUCCGACGCAUCCAGUAUUUCAGCUGAUGACUUUAAAAAGAGCUAUUUGGUUAGUCAAAUGCUGGCAGAUGAUGAUGAAGAGGAUGAAGAUGAUCAACAAAUGAUGCAAGAACUAAUGCAAAACCCGAUGUUUCAAUGCGACAUGCGAGAAUAUCUUUUAAAGUUUUUGCAGAGUUUUAGUCAAGAUAAACAUUUUCUUGUGUUUUUGGAAAAAUUAGAAAAUUCAGAAAAAAAUGUUCUCAAAGAAUUUGGAAUCAAUAUUGUUCAACUCAAUUGA